CAGAUGAGACCCCGCUUUCCACACCCACCGCAAGAGACAGCCUUGACAAACUUUCUCUAACUGGGCAUGGACAACCACUGCCUCCAGGUUUUCCAUCUCCUUUUCUGUUUCCUGAUGGAUUGUCUUCCAUAGAGACCCUUCUGACUAACAUACAGGGGCUCUUGAAAGUUGCUAUUGAUAAUGCCAGAGCUCAAGAAAAACAGGUCCAACUGGAAAAAACAGAGCUGAAGAUGGAUUUUUUAAGGGAAAGAGAACUAAGGGAAACACUUGAGAAGCAGUUGGCUAUGGAACAAAAGAAUAGAGCCAUAGUUCAAAAGAGGCUAAAGAAGGAGAAGAAGGCAAAGAGAAAAUUGCAGGAAGCACUUGAAUUUGAGACAAAACGGCGCGAGCAAGCAGAGCAGACACUAAAACAGGCAGCUUCGACAGAUAGUCUCAGGGUCUUAAAUGACUCUCUGACCCCAGAGAUAGAAGCUGACCGCAGUGGCGGCAGAACAGAUGCUGAAAGGACAAUACAAGAUGGAAGACUGUAUUUGAAAACUACUGUCAUGUACUGAAUCUUUCCUGUUGAAGAAAUCCAUGUUAUAGCAAAGAACUUUGCAGUCAGAAAUUCGUCACUGGAAAGUUCGAAAAAAAGUCCUUUUAAUGGAACUUCCACAAUUUUGUGUAUUAAUGUUCUUUGAUAAGUUUAAGUAUUCUACAAAAAGAAAAAAAAAGUUUCUUCCAUUGAUUUUCACCUGUGGUUCAUACCAGAGACCUGAAAAUGUUUGUAAAUGUAUAAGUAUCAAACUUCUUACAGUUAAUAACUGCAACUUGCUGCUGGACACUAGUACACAGAGUUAAAGGCAGGUCUGAAUAAGACCUAGUUUUUUUUUUUCUUUCUUUUUUAAUGGAAUGAACCAUUUUCCUCUUCUGAAAAUUCUGUAUCUGAGCACAUGAAGAGAUUCUUGUAGCAGUGGUCACCUGGUCAUCAGGACUUACAGAAUUAUGUCCUCCAGAAACCAGCAAGAACACUUGGAAAUGAACUUGUAGGGGGCAUAGAGGAUUCCGAAAAAAAUAAAUAGUAAUAUUCUGUUACAUACAAUUUUGAACUCUCUAAUUGUGGAUUUUUCUCCUGAAGAUUUUUUUUUUCACAUACUUUCCAAAAGACCAAUAAAUGGAUGUUGAUAACAACCCAAUGAAAUAACAUUUUGCAUAUCUGAAAAGAAGCAUUGAAUAGAAGCCAAAAGCUUUCACUGAAGGUCUUUUUUCUCAAAAAUUAAAAAAAAAAUAUAUAUAAAUGUAACAUGUUUUCAUUCCAAACUGGUAGUGGUAUGUAGAAGUAAAAAAUAAUGUUUCUUCUUAUUCAAACUGUUGGUCACAUGUACAGUAUAUAAACAUAAAACACACAAGGAAGGUAUUAUGUAUGCAGUAGUAUACUAGAGUUUAGGAAAAUGAAAAUUUUAGAAAAUAUGUUUUGUCACCCUGUUGGUCAGAAAGACGUCUUUCUGGUUUUAACGCAUGCAGGCAUGUAAAUAUUUGUCUGGAGUCACAGUAUUAAUGAAUGAGAUCGUAAGCAUCUGGUGACAUCAGAACUCUGUCAGCCACUUUUAUUUGUAUAUUGAACCCUAGUUAGUGCCCCAAACUGCACUAUUGAGAAUGGAUUGUGGCUGAACAGUAAAUCAAAACACCAGAAAUAUUUUUAUAUGUUAAUGUCAUACUAUGUUAAUGUUGCUGAGAAACAAAACCUAACAAACCCUCGUUGUAUCGGUCCAAUAUCAUGUAGCUCUGAGUGAUAAAGUUAAAAUGUGUUGUAUUUCCCACCCUGGUCAGAGCGAAGGGUGGCUACGUGUUAUUUUCACUGUCUUUUUGAAAGUUACAGUAUGUGUUUUCACUUUUGUGCAGAUAACUGGAAGUAAAGCUGCAAACAGUGCUUAUUACAUGCUAAAGUUACCUUCUCUUUAUUUUUACAUAUCUGGAGUUACACCUUUAAAGACUGAUAUGAAUCAGUACAUUUCAUGAUUUUUUUGUCAUCUUAAAAUUUUAUGAUCAUAACAUUAUUUAUUACCAUAAAACAGCAAAAUCUUAAAUGUCUAAGAAAACUAGCUUAAAUGUUUAAAGAUAGUUCUGAUUGAACAUAAUUAUUUGGUUAAGAAACAAAUGAACAUUAUAGUUACUCUGGCACUGAGCUUCUGUACUUUUUAGGUCUUCCUUGCAGUACUGGAACAUAAUUCUUUUCUGUAUCUGUCUAUUAAUUAGCUAAGUCCAUUUUUUUAAUACAAUAAAAGGUUAUAUGUACAGUUCCUAUUGUAGCUUGCUUAAAAAGGGAGCAAUAUUUUUAUUUAAAAUAUUGUUAGUAAAUGCUUUGUAGAAACUUGGUUUUCUAAGCAUAGUUCUUCUAUAACCAUCUUUUGUUGUCUGAGCACAAGAGAUUCUAUUUCUAGUUAUAUGUUUUUCUUCCCAUAUGCAGUCUUUAAAGGAUUACAACACUUAAAAUUGGAUAGAUUUAUGGCAAGCAUUUGAAUUAUACAUUUUUGGAAAAUUUUUUUAAAAAGCCUACAACUUACAUAUAUAGUAGAAUCAGCCAUUGCUCUGCUCCUGGCAUAGAGUCACCUGUUAAGUGGGUUAAAUAGUUUUAAAAUACAUACUUGCAAGAUCUUUGAGAAUGCUUUAGUGUUUGGUUUGACAUAAAAGGAAAUUUUAGCAAGGAUUAAAGAAAAAAGCUCUCAACUGUAUGUUAAAAGAGACUCUUACUAACAUGUUGUAAAUAUUACAAUUCAUGUUAUUGUAAGUCUGUAACUUAAUUUUUCCUGUUUUUAGUUAUACAGGUUGGUUUGGAAAUUUGUGUUUUGGCAUAAACAAGUAAAACUGUGCCCAUUUUAUGGUUUCCAUGCUUUUGUAUUCCUAAAAUAUUAAUGUCUAGUCGUUCUGUAUUAUAACCACAUUUGCGCUCUAUGCAAGCCCUUGGAACAGAACAUACUCAUCUUCAUGUAGGACCUAUGAAAAUUGUCUAUUUUUAUCUAUAUAUUUAAAGUUUUCUAAAAAUGAUAAAAGGUUAUUACGAAUUUUGUUGUACAAAAUCUGUACAAAAAUCUGUUUUUACAUCAUAAUGCAAGAAUUGGAAAUUUUUCUAUGGUAGCCUAGUUAUUUGAGCCUGGUUUCAAUGUGAGAACCACGUUUACUGUUACUGUAUUUAAUUUUCUUUUUCUUUUCAACAAUCUCCUAAUAAAACUGUCUGAAAUCUC